AUGAAUAGAGUAGUCUAUUUAUUAUUCAAUAGUAUAGUUUUGAUAGCUAUUAGUUUCAUUGUCAACCACAACAAUGGUCCAAUGUUGAAUGCAGUCAAUGCGAUUUCGCUAGACAUCCACUUGUCGCUUGACAACAAUACAUUCGACUUGGUCGUUGGUUACAACAAACAAAUCAGAUCAUUGGCACCCAACGAUCAAAUUGAUCUUGGUAACACCUCUUUACCUCACAUUACACUUUAUCUUACCGAUUUUGAUAACAACUCUAUAUCUUUUAUUCAACAAGAUUUAUCUGAAAAGGCAAAUGAUUGUGAAAUAUUACUCAAUCAAAUAGUUGUUCAGGGACAAUAUGCAAUGUGGUAUGUCGAGAAUAACGAUUGUCUACAGUACAUGUCUGAUCUCGUUGUCAAUACUACCUAUCAAUACAUUGUACCAAAUCAACCAAUCCCAGAUUGGGUAUUACAACUACCAGAGCCACUUCGUACAUUAAAGAUUGAUAUGAUUGAGAAAUAUGGUUCUCCCAAUGUAUUCUCUCAAUUUCAACCACAUAUUACAUUGGCAUGGGAUCAAUAUGAUAACAUGACAGCUGUAUUUGAAGAAUUAAGUAUUCCAGAUCAUACCUAUAUUUCACCAAGUGUUGGUGUUGGUGAUGUUGGCAAUUAUGGAACUGUUUUAAAUAAUCAAUAUGCUUUAUACAAUUUUAAUGGAAGAAUACAUUUUCAAUUUGCAAACGAUCCUAAUCCUCCACACUUUUUGAACAACAAAAACAACAAUUUAAUAUCUAAUCUAAAUAAGAUAGAUAUUAUCGAUUUAUAUAUUUCGUAUAUCAUACAAAAAAAAUCAAAAUAUUCCAAUAACACCCACCCCUCUACUACUACUACUUCUACUACUACUGCUACUACCACACAUUCAACAUGCGAUUGA